AUGAGUUUAAGGUCGAUCUUAGGAGGCUCCAGCCGGGUUAAGAAGUCGUCCAAAAAGUCUGGCGCAAAAUCGUCUUCGUCUUCACCAUCCUCAUGGGCUUCUUCUCUGCCUCGUCGCAAACCUGGACCCAAACGUGGGAAAUCGUUAGCAGAGGACGAAGAUGAUGCGGACGAUCUCUUUAACGAUAAGCUUGAUGACUAUGGACUUGUCAAGGCCCUAGCGACCGAUCUGAACUUGCGCGACGUUCCCCAAGCUAUCUUAUAUAUCCGUAGUCAUAUGUUCUCCUCUAUGCCCGAGCAAGCAGCUGGAAUGAACUCUACUAGAAUUGCUGAAGUUCUCAACUAUCGGAAGCGUCUUCCUCCGGUCGUAACCGUAUCACAUAUACAAGCUCUACUAGAAUCGCCGAGCGCAGCAGAGCGGGAAAUUGCCGAACUCGCGCGGGCUGGAUUUCUGCGUAAGGUAGUUGUUCCUGGGAGGGGGGAUAUAGGUGAAACUAUAGUACUCGCCGCAGACUUUGAGCAGCUGGUGAAAGAUUCUACGAUACUAGAUAUGGAUACGAAGGAUAGCCUAGCCAGACUGUUAAAAGAGAACCCAGGAGUCCAGGCGCUUGGGCCGAAUGCUCUUCGUGCGUCAGAGGUAGAUCAGCUUAUUAAGGCUGGGUUUUUGAUAGCUAACCAUACCGGCGCAACUCGCUAUGGCUCUACAUCCCAUAGUACAAACGUAUACUCGCGACCGGAGGACAAAAUCACACUCACAUCACUCGAUAUUAUUUCGAAACAACCAACCGGUUCACUUGGCGCCGUAGGAGGUGAGGGUGUAGUUCACAAGACCGGCGGUACUGGAGGUGGCUCACUCGGCGCACCCCGGCUCGACACCACCGGCACGGAACUUAGACUCGCUGUGCCUGGAAACGGCACAUUCCUAAAGCUUCUAUCCUCUGCGCUCGAGCACCUAGUCUCGUUGUUAGGCAAGUCGCGAUUCCGAGAGGCGCCGGAGACGGUGCUAAGAGAUCGGUGGGACGGAGGUAUCGCCAAAGAAGAAGCACGUUAUGCAGCUAAGCGCUCACGAGGAGAGUUCGCGAGUAUCUUACCCGGACAGACCAGAAAGUGGAGGCAGUUCUACGGACUUUCUUUCGACUGGGUCUUGCAAGAGGCGGUUGGAUCCGGUUUGGUUGAAGUUUUCGACACCCGAAGCGUCGGUCGCGGGAUACGUGCGAUAUGA